CCGCUCGCUCACUCACACAGCCGCGCCAGCUGCACCGGGCGCGGUCUGGCUGUACACACACAUACAUACACGCACACAACGGGGCCGCUCCCGACAUGUGUGAGCCCGUCCCGAGCCGCACUCCCGUCGUCGCGUCGCACGCCAGUUUUAAUGUACUUAUAAUAUAACUAUUACGAUGCUGAGAUCUGGCGACAACUGAUGCCUUAUCCAAUUUCCAACCCUCAUGCUCAUCUCACAUUGAAUUAAAUACUUACAGAUUUUCAUUAGGUGCUUACUUGUUUAACUAGAAAAAAGAGUGGAAUAACGUGAACUUCAUAGAUAGACCUCUCUAGAUUAAGAGACUUAUGCGGUGCCGCCGGGUUAAAGAAGUGAAGCUAAAAUGGAAGAAGCUGCGCGACAGCUAUCGGGACGCGCUGAAGAGACAGAGUGAAAUGCUCGCCAAGGACCCGAGCAACACUACUAAGAAGAAUUAUCCCUGGAAGUACAUGGGGCUCAUGCAGUUCCUGCAGCCGUACAUGAGUAACAGGAAGAAGCAGGCUGAGUCAGCAUGCUAUGCGGCGGCCGCGCACGACACGCACGAAAUACACGACGCGCACGACACUCGCGACACCCAUGACAACGGACACCCUGCCACCAACGGCGACGCGCACUCCUCCGAUUCAGACUCCUCGGAGGCGGACUCGUCGCCAAAGCGCAAAAGUUGCGAGCGGCUAACCGUCAUCGACAGGAAGCUCGACUACCUGUGCAAAGCGCAGAGCAAGCGCCAGUGCACCGAGGCGCAGUACCUCGAGCGCAAGCGCGGCUCGUCUCCGCCGCCGCUGCCCGACCCGCUCGACAUAUUCUUCAACAGCAUGUGCCAGUCGACUAAACGGUUUCCGUUCCCUGCACAGAUCAAGAUCAAAAAGACUCUGUUCAACGCGGUGAUCGAGGCGGAGGAGGCGCUCGUUGCGGAACAGCAGAACUAUGCGAGCUUGUGGGCGCAAGGUGCGGGCAGCUCGUCCAGCAGCGACGCCGAGCCGCACGACGAUGACGAGCGCAAGCCCUCCUGAGCCCGACUCUACCCCGCCGUCUACUACCUGUACGCCAACUACGCACACUUCGCGUCUGCAACCGCCGCCGCAGCCGCCGCUACCGCAGCGCGCUGACUCACCGACACGACGUGGCGCGAGGGCGAGCUGGCGCGGACCAUCGGUUAGACUGGCAGCGUGGACACUUAGUGGUUUCGAGACUUUUGAUUCAUGUGUGCAGUGUGCGGGAGGCGGGGUUAGUGGGACGCCGGCACCGGUGCCCGUAAGAGUACCUACCUGUGUAUGUACUGUUGAGUGUAGUGCGAACUCUUUGUUUCGGGUGGACAACAUUAUUAGUGACUUAGAGUAAUUGAUAUUUUACCUGAAAUCUCUUAAAAAGAUAUAACUGUAACGACUGUAAAUGUAUUAAAGUUUUUGUAACAAUG